UGUGUGUGUGUGUGUGUGAAUGCAACGUGCUGCUGAGAGCUGAGCACCAGUGAGGCAAGCAAAGUGAUCAGAUGCUCCCAUCAAGGAGGACGCAGAUGGACAGCUUAGUACAGCCUCUCGUCGCCCAGUAUCUCGCCAUGGGCUGUCAAUCAAAAGACAACAACAAAAGUGCAAGUAUACCUGCGGACGAUAAGAGCAAAGACGAUGUGAAAAUGACUCCAGGAUGUGGCUCCAGGUCUCGAGUUUCCCCUCCUGGAUGUCCUCAAAGGUUCCACAAGCCCAAUCCAGUUCCGACCCCCACAAGUAAACCCAUGGCAUCCCUAGGUCACCUCACCAAAGGGGCCAGCUGGGAGGAGCUCAUCCAGGCUUGUUUGCAGGCCUUUGAUUCGGACGGCUGUGUAUGCGAGCGCAGCCACUUGUUGAACAUCACCCUGACCAUGCAUCGUCUCCUAAUGUCCUCCAGUGAUCUUCUGGAUAAACUCACCGCUCUAUUUAAAACGGCCAUGGACAACGAGCAGCCAGAAGAGUGCCAAAGGAUAUGCUACCUCAUCAGGCAUUGGAUUCAGGAAUUCUGGAUGAUGUUCAGGUUGCACCACAGCUUGUCAGACAGCUUGGACCAACUCCGGGAUCUGAUCAUGGAGCAUGGACAGGAGCAUCUUUGCUCUCUUCUAGAGACCAAAUGGAUAAAUGAACGGGACUGGUCAUGGAAGGCCAGCCAGAAGAUCAAAGCUAACAGCAGCAAAAAGAGAAAAGUCUCUCUUCUUUUUGACCACCUGGAGCCCAUUGAACUGGCCGAGCAUCUCACCUUCCUGGAGUUUAAAUCAUUCUGCAGAAUAUCAUUUGUAGACUAUCAGAAAUACAUACGCAACUGCUGCAUGAAGGACAUCCCCUUGAUGGAACGUUCCAUCGCCCUGUGUAACGGUGUCUCCCAGUGGGUUCAGCUGAUGGUGCUGAGCAGGCCGACUGCUCAGUUGAGAGCUGAGGUUUUCACCAAGUUCAUCCACGUGGCACAGGUUUUACACCUCAUGCACAACUACAACACGCUAAUGGCAGUGGUUGGAGGGCUUUGUCACAGCUCCAUAUCAAGACUGAAGGACACCACCUCCCAUGUACCCAAUGAAGUCAUCAAGGUGUUGAAUGAAAUUACAGACCUGCUGUCCUCCUGUCGAAACUUUGAUAACUACAGACAAGCAUUCAACAGGUGUGCAGGUUUUAAAAUCCCCAUCCUUGGGGUUCACCUCAAAGACCUAAUUUCAGUCAACGAGGCAAUGCCGGACUAUGUGGAGGACAAUAAAGUCAACGUCCAGAAGCUCCAGGCGCUCUACAGCCACAUUAACGAGCUGAUCCAGCUUCAGCAGAUCCCCCCUAAGCUGGACGCCAACAAAGACCUCGUCCAUCUGCUGACGCUGUCCUUGGACCUUUACUACACCGAGGAUGAAAUCUAUGAACUCUCCUAUGCUCGGGAGCCCAGACACUGUAAAACCACUCCAGCCACCCCCUCUAGACCUCCAGUGGUUGUGGACUGGGUAUCAGGAGUUACUCCCAAACCUGACCCCCGAACCAUCAGCAAGCACGUGCAGAGGAUGGUGGAUUCCGUGUUUAAGAACUACGAUCACCACGAGAACGGCUUUAUUUCUCAAGAGGACUUUGAGAAAAUUGCUGCCAGUUUCCCCUUCUCCUUCUGUGUCAUGGACAAAGAUAAAGAGGGUCUUGUCAGUAGAGAUGAGAUCACAGCUUAUUUCAUGCGUGCCAGUGUCAUCUGCUCCAAACUGGGCCUGGGCUUUGUCCACAACUUUCAGGAGACAACGUACAUGAAGCCCACCUUCUGUGACAAUUGCUCAGGAUUUCUGUGGGGCGUCAUCAAGCAAGGCUACAGAUGCAAAGACUGCGGGAUGAAUUGUCACAAGCUGUGCAAAGACCAGGUGGCUUUUGAGUGCAAGAAGAACACUAAAGUGAACAAUAACGCCACUGACAGUCCCACGCCUUGCUCCACAAAUGUGACCACGGGAACAUCUGAGGGUUCAGACGAAUGUCCUUUCCAGUACUUGUCUGAUGACAGCAAAGAGUGGAGUCCGGACUCUCCAGUCACCUCACAUUUGGGGAUAAACAGGGUCCACAGCGCCACCCAGACAGAGGGUCCACCGCUGUCCCCUGAAGCCACUUGGCCUCAUCCGUCCCUUCUUGUCCUGGCGCCCCCAACUUCGCCGACAUGUCCCAGCCCACUGCUCCAGAGGAAACAGCGACACUGUGCCAAGUGGGAGAACCGAGCUUCUCUUAUGCAGAAGCCCAGAGAGCCCGAAGAAGAAUACAAUCAACCAGUCAGCGAAACCCUUCAAUCAGAGAACCAGAGGCUCCAGAAAGCCAACGAGACACUACACAGGAAGUUAAAUAAGGCAGAGCAAGAGGUGGAGGUGUUAAAGACGCUGCUGAAGAGGCACACGCUUCAUCCUGUGGAAGAAGACGACGACGACUCCUAGAUAGAUCAAGUAGUGUGUACAUAUCAUGAGAUAUCCACCUGGCAGUCCAGAUUGAAUAAACAGUACAGUGCAACCUCCAAAUUUAAACACUCCAAUUUGGACCUACAUUUUUCUUAAAUGUAAAACAAAACUAUCUUUGAGCAUGACUUCAUGUGACAUGCCAACAAAGCUUUUGAACUUUUUCAUUGGCUUUUUUGUGAUGCCAUUACAGAAGGCUACCCGUGAUGACAGAGAGCUUAUAGUAAAGUAGUAAAGUAUCCGGCUGCUAAACAAUUAGACAUUUAUUUAACAUUGUUAUUAUUAUAUAUUAUUCAUUUUCUUUAUAUGUUACAGGAAACAGUGUUGUGUUGGCCAGAAACAGUAGUUUUAUUCAUUUACUGUAUGUUUUAAAGUGGAUAACUUGUUUUUUUACACUUGUAGUUAUAGUAAGAAUGUUAAAAAUGUUACUUAAAACAUCACCUGUACAGUUAAUACAGUUUUUUAAAAUCUAUUUUAUUUAUUUUUUUGACAAAAUGACAAAGUCAACCAGCAACCUUUGUAGGUUCCACUGUACUGUAAGACGUUGAUAAACAUGAAACUGAAUGCAUACACCAGUUAAGGUAUUUAGAAACUUACAAGGAUGUUUACCAGUAAAAACACCGAUUCAGCAUGAUAAGCAAAUAAGAAGAUUGUAUGAUGCCCAUGGAACAUGUGUAUUAUUGUAAUUAUAGUCAUUUAGAAUGGCGCCUAAUGAUAAUUUUUGCAUCCUUUCCAUGUUCAUUGUCUGAAACACUACAGAGUUCAACACACAUUUUUGUACAUUGGUCCGUACUGGUCAAUGUUGUUGUUUUUUGCUUAUGAGCAGCUUAUUGAGCAGUCUUUUGUGUCAAUGCUCUACAGUGUGAGAGUAGGUGGUGGCGUCCUCGGCAUCUUUUUGGUCAGUAUUGUGAGCUUGUUGAAAGUAAAUGCUGGGAACUGAGUAAGAAA